AUGGAGGCCAUGCCGGCCGACGAAGCUGCUCCGGACACUGGCCCCGACGAGCCGCCUGUAACAGCGAAACCAACAGCGCCGUCCCAGCCGGAGAAAGCUUCGGAUGCUCCCCGCUCUUGGCUAGAUUUUCUUAGAGCUACGGCUGCUCCCGUCACACCUGAACCGCCUAGGUCUACCGUUCACGACUCUGCCCCUGUAGUAACCCCUACUCCUACUGCUUCUCCUAUUCCCGUCCCGUUCACUCUCCCCCCGGCUGUUGCUGGCUGCAGCAAAGAUCCUCCACCGCCCUCGCCCAGUCCUACUCCAAGCACGGUGCGGGUGUCCCUUGGCCCGCCGUCGGCUACUUCCGCUCCAAAGCGUGCGCGAUCUGGUAAGUGGGCGCAGAGUACUCUGCUGGUGGGAGGCCGCCGUAUUCCACCGCCGGAAAAGCCCGAUGAGCCUGCACAGAAAGAAGCUGAGCUGCCGGAAGAAGGUGACAUCCCGGUGCGCGCGGAUACCGGCUCGCCGGCACUCACCAAGACGCAGCUGCGAGAGCAGAUGUACCUGGAGGCGAGUAUUAAUUACGAGACGAAGUGGGCGGGAUACUUUUCUUGGCUUGUGUUUGGGAAAACCAAGGACGGUUUCCCGUACGUGAAGUGCAGCAUCUGCAUGUCGUACGGUAAGGGGAACACGAGGUACGCCAUGCAGGGAGACGACGGAGGCCGUGACUUGCAGACGCAGUCGUUCCGGGCGCACGAGCAUACGGACGCACACAUGGCGGCGGUGGACCGCCAGAUGAAGAUUGCGGCGGGAAUCCGCGAGGGGCAGCAGGUGAUUUCGGACUUCAUCAACUCCGACGUCGAGGGCCGCCGCGCGAUACGGCUGAUGCGGUCGACUCAGUUCCUGUGCCAGUGCGACGCGCCGAUUAGCAUGUUUCCUAAGCUGAUGCGGCAUCUUGCGGAGCAGGACACGCCAGACAUUCCCCGGCAGUCGUACGGCGUUUAUCUCACGCGUGAGGCGUUGGCUGUGAAGGACGCCGCUGACUCAAACCCGGAUCUCGGCAUGGUCGACAAGGUGGUGCGCACUGUGGCGACUCUGCUCGGAAACUCCAGCGUGUGGAGUCAGCGGUUCAAGUACCUGCAGCGUGUGAUUUACAAGACCAACCUGGAAGUCCAAGGCAUCCACACGGUGCGGUGGCUGUCUCGAGGAGAUGCGGUGGCCAGGCUGUGCAAGGUCCUCGGCGCUUGCAUCGUGCUGCUCUGGGAGCACAAUCACAAGGCGUACGAGAUUGUCACCUGCUACAAGUUUCAGUUCUGCUUGUUUUUCUUGGCCGACAUCUUGGCGGACAUGAACGACCUCAACCGCUGCUUCCAGAGACGAGAGAUUGCGAAGACGAUCGAGUCCACAACGAGUGACCUGACGGAGCGCUACUUGACGCCAGAGAAAGCUUUCGGGGGCGAAGGGAAGAGCUGGCUGGUGAACUUCCUCAAAGUCCACAAGGAGGGUGGAGGCAAGCAGGUCCAGGUGCGCGGCGUGGACGGUGCUGGACGCCCGAUCAACCACCUGUACACCAUGCAUGAGCGGAAGCUGAAGGGGCACAAACACGGAAGCACCUACGCAGACUGCGUGAAGCUGUGCCGCAAAUUCGCCCGUGACUGCGUGGACAACCUCAACAACCGACUGGAUGACCUUGGGAAGCUGGGGCCGACGAAGCUGUUCCGGGCGGGGAAGUGGCCGAAGAUCAAGGCCCAGCGAGAGAAGAAGUGUAAGGAGUGGCUGAACGGAUGCAGCAGGCUGUUCCGCAACAAGCUGCCGGGAUUCGACCUCAAAGCAGCAGAGAGGGAGCUUCCAACCUUCUGCGCGAUCAUGGAGGCACACCAUGAGAUGGAGAGCUUCACCCAGGGCCUGUCGAACUUCCUUGGGAGCGCAGACUCCAAGAGAAAUACAUCAGAGCAGUGCAAAGCCGCCAGCAGCACCGCCAUUACAUCAGGCAGCAACGGAGGGCAGUUUGACGCCCAUGAGCCAACGAGCUGCCCGCCCCAUGCAACACCCCUCGCAGUGGCAGUGCAAAGCCGCCAGCAGCAGCAGCACUCCAUCACAUCAGGCAGCCACGGAGGGCAGUUUGACGCCCAUGAGCCAACGAGCUGCCCGACCCACGCAACACCCCUCGCAGUGGCAGUGCAAAGCCGCCAGCAGCAGCAGCACUCCAUCACAUCAGGCAGCCACGGAAGGCAGUUUGACGCCCAUGAGCCAACGAGCUGCCCGCCCCACCCAACACCCCUCGCAGUGGCAGUGCAAAGCCGCCAGCAGCAGCAACACUCCAUCACAUCAGGCAGCCACGGAAGGCAGUUUGACGCCCAUGAGCCAACGAGCUGCCCGCCCCACGCAACACCCCUCGCAGUGGCAGUGCAAGCCGCCAGCAGCAGCAGCACUCCAUCACAUCAGGCAGCCACGGAGGGCAGUUUGACGCCCAUGAGCCAACGAGCUGCCCGCCCCACGCAACACCCCUUGCAGUGGAACCACGGAGGGCAGUUUGACGCCCAUGAGCCAACGAGCUGCCCACCCCACGCAACACCCCUCGCAGUGGGAGUGCAAAGCCGCCAGCAGCAGCAGCACUCCAUCACAUCAGGCAGCCACGGAGGGCAGUUUGACGCCCAUGAGCCAACGAGCUGCCCGCCCCACGCAACACCCCUCGCAGUGGCAGUGCAAAGCCGCCAGCAGCAGCAGCACUCCAUCACAUCAGGCAGCCACGGAGGGCAGUUUGACGCCCAUGAGCCAACGAGCUGCCCGCCCCACGCAACACCCCUCACAGUGGAAGUGCAAAGCCGCCAGCAGCAGCAGCACUCCAUCACAUCAGGCAGCCACGGAAGGCAGUUUGACGCCCAUGAGCCAACGAGCUGCCCGCCCCACGCAACACCCCUCGCAGUGGCAGUGCAAAGCCGCCAGCAGCUGCAGCACUCCAUCACAUCAGGCAGCCACGGAAGGCAGUUUGACCCCCAUGAGCCAACGAGCUGCCCGCCCCACCCAACACCCCUCGCAGUGGCAGUGCAAAGCCGCCAGCAGCUGCAACACUCCAUCACAUCAGGCAGCCACGGAGGGCAGUUUGACGCCCAUGAGCCAACGAGCUGCUCGCCCCACGCAACACCCCUCGCAGUGGCAGUGCAAAGCCGCCAGCAGCAGCAGCACUCCAUCGCAUCAGGCAGCCACGGAGGGCAGUUUGACGCCCAUGAGCCAACGAGCUGCCCGCCCCACGCAACACCCCUCGCAGUGGCAGUGCAAAGCCGCCAGCAGAAGCAGCACUCCAUCACAUCAGGCAGCCACGGAAGGCAGUUUGACGCCCAUGAGCCAACGAGCUGCCCGCCCCACGCAACACCCCUCGCAGUGGCAGUGCAAAGCCGCCAGAAGCAGCAGCACUCCAUCACAUCAGGCAGCCACGGAAGGCAGUUUGACGCCCAUGAGCCAACGAGCUGCCCGCCCCACGCAACAUCCCUCGCAGUGGCACUGCCCGCCCCACGCAAAACCCCUCGCAGUGGCAGUGCAAGCCGCCAGCAGCAGCAGCACUCCAUCACAUCAGGCAGCCACGGAGGGCAGUUUGACGCCCAUGAGCCAACGAGCUGCCCGCCCCCCGCAACACCCCUCGCAGUGGCGGUGCAAAGCCGCAAGCAGCAGCAGCACUCCAUCACAUCAGGCAGCCACGGAGGGCAGUUUGACGCCCAUGAGCCAACGAGCUGCCCGCCCCAUGCAACACCCCUCGCAGUGGAAGUGCAAAGCCUCCAGCAGCAGCAGCACUCCAUCACAUCAGGCAGCCACGGAGGGCAGUUUGACGCCCAUGAGCCAACGAGCUGCCCGCCCCACGCAACACCCCUCGCAGUGGCAGUGCAAAGCCGCAAGCAGCAGCAGCACUCCAUCACAUCAGGCAGCCACGGAGGGCAGUUUGACGCCCAUGAGCCAACGAGCUGCCCGCCCCAUGCAACACCCCUCGCAGUGGAAGUGCAAAGCCUCCAGCAGCAGCAGCACUCCAUCACAUCAGGCAGCCACGGAGGGCAGUUUGACGCCCAUGAGCCAACGAGCUGCCCGCCCCAUGCAACACCCCUCGCAGUGGCAGUGCAAAGCCGCCAGCAGCAGCAGCACUCCAUCACAUCAGGCAGCCACGGAGGGCAAUUUGACGCCCAUGAGCCAACGAGCUGCCCGCCCCACGCAACACCCAUCGCAGUGGAAGUGCAAAGCCGCCAGCAGCAGCAGCACUCCAUCACAUCAGGCAGCCACGGAGGGCAGUUUGACGCCCAUGAGCCAACGAGCUGCCCGCCCCACGCAACACCCCUCGCAGUGGCAGUGCAAAGCCGCCAGCAGCAGCAGCACUCCAUCACAUCAGGCAGCCACGGAGGGCAGUUUGACGCCCAUGAGCCAACGAGCUGCCCGCCCCACGCAACACCCCUCGCAGUGGAACUGCCCGCCCCACGCAACACCCCUCGCAGUGGCAGUGCAAGCCGCCAGCAGCAGCAGCACUCCAUCACAUCAGGCAGCCACGGAGGGCAGUUUGACGCCCAUGAGCCAACGAGCUGCCCGCCCCACCCAACACCCCUCGCAGUGGCAGUGCAAAGCCGCCAGCAGCAGCAGCACUCCAUCACAUCAGGCAGCCACGGAGGGCAGUUUGACGCCCAUGAGCCAACGAGCUGCCCGCCCCACGCAACACCCCUCGCAGUGGAAGUGCAAAGCCUCCAGCAGCAGCAGCACUCCAUCACAUCAGGCAGCCACGGAGGGCAGUUUGACGCCCAUGAGCCAACGAGCUGCCCGCCCCACGCAAUACCCCUCGCAGUGGCAGUGCAAAGCCGCCAGCAGCAGCAGCACUCCAUCACAUCAGGUAGCCACGGAGGGCAGUUUGACGCCCAUGAGCCAACGAGCUGCCCGCCCCACGCAACACCCCUCGCAGUGGAAGUGCAAAGCCGCCAGCAGCAGCAGCACUCCAUCACAUCAGGCAGCCACGGAGGGCAGUUUGACGCCCAUGAGCCAACGAGCUGCCCGCCCCAUGCAACACCCCUCGCAGUGGAAGUGCAAAGCCUCCAGCAGCAGCAGCACUCCAUCACAUCAGGCAGCCACGGAGGGCAGUUUGACGCCCAUGAGCCAACGAGCUGCCCGCCCCACGCAACACCCCUCGCAGUGGAAGUGCAAAGCCGCCAGCAGCAGCAGCACUCCAUCACAUCAGGCAGCCACGGAAGGCAGUUUGACGCCCAUGAGCCAACGAGCUGCCCACCCCACGCAACACCCCUCGCAGUGGCAGUGCAAGCUGCCAGCAGCAGCAGCACUCCAUCACAUCAGGCAGCCACGGAGGGCAGUUUGACGCCCAUGAGCCAACGAGCUGCCCGCCCCACGCAACACCCCUCGCAGUGGCAGUGCAAAGCCGCCAGCAGCAGCACUCCAUCACACCAGGCAACCAUGGAGAGCAGCUUGACGCCCAUGAGCCAACGAGCUGCCCGCCCCACGCAAAACCCCUCGCAGUGGCAUGGCAGUGCAAGCCGCCAGCAGCAGCAGCACUCCAUCACAUCAGGCAGCCACGGAGGGCAGUUUGACGCCCAUGAGCCAACGAGCUGCCCGCCCCAUGCAACACCCCUCGCAGUGGAAGUGCAAAGCCUCCAGCAGCAGCAGCACUCCAUCACAUCAGGCAGCCACGGAGGGCAGUUUCACGCCCAUGAGCCAACGAGCUGCCCGCCCCACGCAACACCCCUCGCAGUGGCAGUGCAAAGCCGCCAGCAGCAGCAGCACUCCAUCACAUCAAGCAGCCACGGAGGGCAGUUUGACGCCCAUGAGCCAACGAGCUGCCCGCCCCACGCAACACCCCUCGCAGUGGAAGUGCAAAGCCUCCAGCAGCAGCAGCACUCCAUCACAUCAGGCAGCCACGGAGGGCAGUUUGACGCCCAUGAGCCAACGAGCUGCCCGCCCCACGCAACACCCCUCGCAGUGGAACUGCCCGCCCCACGCAACACCCCUCGCAGUGGCAGUGCAAGCUGCCAGCAGCAGCAGCACUCCAUCACAUCAGGCAGCCACGGAGGGCAGUUUGACGCCCAUGAGCCAACGAGCUGCCCGCCCCACGCAACACCCCUCGCAGUGGCAGUGCAAAGCCGCCAGCAGCAGCACUCCAUCACACCAGGCAAACAUGGAGAGCAGCUUGACGCCCAUGAGCCAACGAGCUGCCCGCCCCACGGAAAACCCCUCGCAGUGGCAGUGCAAAGCCGCCAGCAGCAGCAGCACUCCAUCACAUCAGGCAGCCACGGAGGGCAGUUUGACGCCCAUGAGCCAACGAGCUGCCCGCCCCACGCAACACCCCUCGCAGUGGCAGUGCAAAGCCGCAAGCAGCAGCAGCACUCCAUCACAUCAGGCAGCCACGGAGGGCAGUUUGACGCCCAUGAGCCAACGAGCUGCCCGCCCCAUGCAACACCCCUCGCAGUGGAAGUGCAAAGCCUCGAGCAGCAGCAGCACUCCAUCACAUCAGGCAGCCACGGAGGGCAGUUUGACGCCCAUGAGCCAACGAGCUGCCCGCCCCACGCAACACCCCUCGCAGUGGCAGUGCAAAGCCGCCAGCAGCAGCAGCACUCCAUCACAUCAGGCAGCCACGGAGGGCAGUUUGAUGCCCAUGAGCCAACGAGCUGCCCGUCCCACGCAACACCCCUCGCAGUGGAAGUGCAAAGCCUCCAGCAGCAGCAGCACUCCAUCACAUCAGGCAGCCACGGAGGGCAGUUUGACGCCCAUGAGCCAACGAGCUGCCCGCCCCACGCAACACCCCUCGCAGUGGCAGUGCAAAGCCGCCAGCAGCAGCAGCACUCCAUCACAUCAGGCAGCCACGGAGGGCAGUUUGACGCCCAUGAGCCAACGAGCUGCCCGCCCCAUGCAACACCCCUCGCAGUGGAAGUGCAAAGCCUCCAGCAGCAGCAGCACUCCAUCACAUCAGGCAGCCACGGAGGGCAGUUUGACGCCCAUGAGCCAACGAGCUGCCCGCCCCACGCAACACCCCUCGCAGUGGCAGUGCAAAGCCUCCAGCAGCAGCAGCACUCCAUCACAUCAGGCAGCCACGGAGGGCAGUUUGACGCCCAUGAGCCAACGAGCUGCCCGCCCCACGCAACACCCCUCGCAGUGGAAGUGCAAAGCCUCCAGCAGCAGCAGCACUCCAUCACAUCAGGCAGCCACGGAGGGCAGUUUGACGCCCAUGAGCCAACGAGCUGCCCGCCCCACGCAACACCCCUCGCAGUGGAAGUGCAAAGCCUCCAGCAGCAGCAGCACUCCAUCACAUCAGGCAGCCACCGAGGGCAGUUUGACGCCCAUGAGCCAACGAGCUGCCCGCCCCAUGCAACACCCCUCGCAGUGGCAGUGCAAAGCCGCCAGCAGCAGCAGCACUCGAUCACAUCAGGCAGCCACGGAGGGCAGUUUGACGCCCAUGAGCCAACGAGCUGCCCGCCCCACGCAACACCCCUCGCAGUGGAAGUGCAAAGCCGCCAGCAGCAGCAGCACUCCAUCACAUCAGGCAGCCACGGAGGGCAGUUUGACGCCCAUGAGCCAACGAGCUGCCCGCCCCACGCAACACCCCUCGCAGUGGAACUGCCCGCCCCACGCAACACCCCUCGCAGUGGCAGUGCAAGCUGCCAGCAGCAGCAGCACUCCAUCACACCAGGCAACCACGGAGAGCAGUUUGACGCCCAUGAGCCAACGAGCUGCCCGCCCCACGCAACACCCCUCGCAGUGGCAGUGCAAAGCCGCCAGCAGCAGCACUCCAUCACACCAGGCAACCACGGAGAGCAGCUUGACGCCCAUGAGCCAACGAGCUGCCCGCCCCACGCAAAACCCCUCGCAGUGGCAGUGCAAAGCCGCCAGCAGCAGCACUCCAUCACACCAGGCAGCCACGGAGGGCAGUUUGACGCCCAUGAGCCAACGAGCUGCCCGCCCCACGCAACACCCCUCGCAGUGGCAGUGCAAGCCGCAAGCAGCAGCAGCACUCCAUCACAUCAGGCAGCCACGGAGGGCAGUUUGACGCCCAUGAGCCAACGAGCUGCCCGCCCCACGCAACACCCCUCGCAGUGGCAGUGCAAAGCCGCAAGCAGCAGCAGCACUCCAUCACAUCAGGCAGCCACGGAGGGCAGUUUGACGCCCAUGAGCCAACGAGCUGCCCGCCCCACGCAACACCCCUCGCAGUGGAAGUGCAAAGCCUCCAGCACCAGCAGCACUCCAUCACAUCAGGCAGCCAUGGAGGGCAGUUUGACGCCCAUGAGCCAACGAGCUGCCCGCCCCACGCAACACCCCUCGCAGUGGCAGUGCAAAAGCCGCCAGCAGCAGCAGCACUCCAUCACAUCAGGUAGCCACGGAGGGCAGUUUGACGCCCAUGAGCCAACGAGCUGCCCGCCCCACGCAACACCCCUCGCAGUGGCAGUGCAAAGCCGCCAGCAGCGACAGCACUCCAUCACAUCAGGCAGCCACGGAGGGCAGUUUCACGCCCAUGAGCCAACGAGCUGCCCGCCCCACGCAACACCCCUCGCAGUGGCAGUGCAAAGCCGCCAGCAGCAGCAGCACUCCAUCACAUCAGGCAGCCACGGAGGGCAGUUUGACGCCCAUGAGCCAACGAGCUGCCCGCCCCACGCAACACCCCUCGCAGUGGAAGCAAAGCCUCCAGCAGCAGCAGCACUCCAUCACAUCAGGCAGCCACGGAGGGCACAGCAGCACUCCAUCACAUCAGGCAGCCACGGAGGGCAGUUUGACGCCCAUGAGCCAACGAGCUGCCCGCCCCAUGCAACACCCCUCGCAGUGGAAGUGCAAAGCCUCCAGCAGCAGCAGCACUCCAUCACAUCAGGCAGCCACGGAGGGCAGUUUGACGCCCAUGAGCCAACGAGCUGCCCGCCCCACGCAACACCCCUCGCAGUGGCAGUGCAAAGCCGCCAGCAGCAGCAGCACUCCAUCACAUCAGGCAGCCACGGAGGGCAGUUUGACGCCCAUGAGCCAACGAGCUGCCCGCCCCAUGCAACACCCCUCGCAGUGGAAGUGCAAAGCCUCCAGCAGCAGCAGCACUCCAUCACAUCAGGCAGCCACGGAGGGCAGUUUGACGCCCAUGAGCCAACGGGCUGCCCGCCCCACGCAACACCCCUCGCAGUGGCAGUGCAAAGCCGCCAGCAGCAGCAGCAGCACUCCAUCACAUCAGGCAGCCACGGAGGGCAGUUUGACGCCCAUGAGCCAACGAGCUGCCCGCCCCACGCAACACCCCUCGCAGUGGCAAUGCAAAGCCGCAAGCAGCAGCAGCACUCCAUCACAUCAGGCAGCCACGGAGGGCAGUUUGACGCCCAUGAGCCAACGAGCUGCCCGCCCCAUGCAACACCCCUCGCAGUGGAAGUGCAAAGCCUCCAGCAGCAGCAGCACUCCAUCACAUCAGGCAGCCACGGAGGGCAGUUUGACGCCCAUGAGCCAACGAGCUGCCCGCCCCACGCAACACCCCUCGCAGUGGCAGUGCAAAGCCGCAAGCAGCAGCAGCACUCCAUCACAUCAGGCAGCCACGGAGGGCAGUUUGACGCCCAUGAGCCAACGAGCUGCCCGCCCCACGCAACACCCCUCGCAGUGGCAGUGCAAAGCCGCCAGCAGCAGCAGCACUCCAUCACAUCAGGCAGCCACGGAGGGCAGUUUGACGCCCAUGAGCCAACGAGCUGCCCGCCCCACGCAACACCCCUCGCAGUGGAAGUGCAAAGCCUCCAGCAGCAGCAGCACUCCAUCACAUCAGGCAGCCACGGAGGGCAGUUUGACGCCCAUGAGCCAACGAGCUGCCCGCCCCACGCAAUACCCCUCGCAGUGGCAGUGCAAAGCCGCCAGCAGCAGCAGCACUCCAUCACAUCAGGCAGCCACGGAGGGCAGUUUGACGCCCAUGAGCCAACGAGCUGCCCGCCCCACGCAACACCCCUCGCAGUGGAACUGCCCGCCCCACGCAACACCCCUCGCAGUGGCAGUGCAAGCUGCCAGCAGCAGCAGCACUCCAUCACAUCAGGCAGCCACGGAGGGCAGUUUGACGCCCAUGAGCCAACGAGCUGCCCGCCCCAUGCAACACCCCUCGCAGUGGAAGUGCAAAGCCUCCAGCAGCAGCAGCACUCCAUCACAUCAGGCAGCCACGGAGGGCAGUUUGACGCCCAUGAGCCAACGGGCUGCCCGCCCCACGCAACACCCCUCGCAGUGGCAGUGCAAAGCCGCCAGCAGCAGCAGCAGCACUCCAUCACAUCAGGCAGCCACGGAGGGCAGUUUGACGCCCAUGAGCCAACGAGCUGCCCGCCCCACGCAACACCCCUCGCAGUGGCAGUGCAAAGCCGCCAGCAGCAGCAGCACUCCAUCACAUCAGGCAGCCACGGAGGGCAGUUUGACGCCCAUGAGCCAACGAGCUGCCCGCCCCAUGCAACACCCCUCGCAGUGGAAGUGCAAAGCCUCCAGCAGCAGCAGCACUCCAUCACAUCAGGCAGCCACGGAGGGCAGUUUGACGCCCAUGAGCCAACGAGCUGCCCGCCCCACGCAACACCCCUCGCAGUGGCAGUGCAAAGCCGCCAGCAGCAGCAGCACUCCAUCACAUCAGGCAGCCACGGAGGGCAGUUUGACGCCCAUGAGCCAACGAGCUGCCCGCCCCACGCAACACCCCUCGCAGUGGAAGUGCAAAGCCUCCAGCAGCAGCAGCACUCCAUCACAUCAGGCAGCCACGGAGGGCAGUUUGACGCCCAUGAGCCAACGAGCUGCCCGCCCCACGCAACACCCCUCGCAGUGGAAGUGCAAAGCCGCCAGCAGCAGCAGCACUCCAUCACAUCAGGCAGCCACGGAGGGCAGUUUGACGCCCAUGAGCCAACGAGCUGCCCGCCCCACGCAACACCCCUCGCAGUGGAAGUGCAAAGCCUCCAGCAGCAGCAGCACUCCAUCACAUCAGGCAGCCACGGAGGGCAGUUUGACGCCCAUGAGCCAACGAGCUGCCCGCCCCACGCAAUACCCCUCGCAGUGGCAGUGCAAAGCCGCCAGCAGCAGCAGCACUCCAUCACAUCAGGCAGCCACGGAGGGCAGUUUGACGCCCAUGAGCCAACGAGCUGCCCGCCCCACGCAACACCCCUCGCAGUGGAACUGCCCGCCCCACGCAACACCCCUCGCAGUGGCAGUGCAAGCUGCCAGCAGCAGCAGCACUCCAUCACAUCAGGCAGCCACGGAGGGCAGUUUGACGCCCAUGAGCCAACGAGCUGCCCGCCCCACGCAACACCCCUCGCAGUGGCAGUGCAAAGCCGCCAGCAGCAGCAGCACUCCAUCACAUCAGGCAGCCACGGAGGGCAGUUUGACGCCCAUGAGCCAACGAGCUGCCCGCCCCAUGCAACACCCCUCGCAGUGGAAGUGCAAAGCCUCCAGCAGCAGCAGCACUCCAUCACAUCAGGCAGCCACGGAGGGCAGUUUGACGCCCAUGAGCCAACGGGCUGCCCGCCCCACGCAACACCCCUCGCAGUGGCAGUGCAAAGCCGCCAGCAGCAGCAGCAGCACUCCAUCACAUCAGGCAGCCACGGAGGGCAGUUUGACGCCCAUGAGCCAACGAGCUGCCCGCCCCACGCAACACCCCUCGCAGUGGCAAUGCAAAGCCGCAAGCAGCAGCAGCACUCCAUCACAUCAGGCAGCCACGGAGGGCAGUUUGACGCCCAUGAGCCAACGAGCUGCCCGCCCCAUGCAACACCCCUCGCAGUGGAAGUGCAAAGCCUCCAGCAGCAGCAGCACUCCAUCACAUCAGGCAGCCACGGAGGGCAGUUUGACGCCCAUGAGCCAACGAGCUGCCCGCCCCACGCAACACCCCUCGCAGUGGCAGUGCAAAGCCGCAAGCAGCAGCAGCACUCCAUCACAUCAGGCAGCCACGGAGGGCAGUUUGACGCCCAUGAGCCAAUGAGCUGCCCGCCCCACGCAACACCCCUCGCAGUGGCAGUGCAAAGCCGCCAGCAGCAGCAGCACUCCAUCACAUCAGGCAGCCACGGAGGGCAGUUUGACGCCCAUGAGCCAACGAGCUGCCCGCCCCAUGCAACACCCCUCGCAGUGGAAGUGCAAAGCCUCCAGCAGCAGCAGCACUCCAUCACAUCAGGCAGCCACGGAGGGCAGUUUGACGCCCAUGAGCCAACGAGCUGCCCGCCCCACGCAACACCCCUCGCAGUGGAAGUGCAAAGCCGCCAGCAGCAGCAGCACUCCAUCACAUCAGGCAGCCACGGAGGGCAGUUUGACGCCCAUGAGCCAACGAGCUGCCCGCCCCACGCAACACCCCUCGCAGUGGAAGUGCAAAGCCUCCAGCAGCAGCAGCACUCCAUCACAUCAGGCAGCCACGGAGGGCAGUUUGACGCCCAUGAGCCAACGAGCUGCCCGCCCCACGCAAUACCCCUCGCAGUGGCAGUGCAAAGCCGCCAGCAGCAGCAGCACUCCAUCACAUCAGGCAGCCACGGAGGGCAGUUUGACGCCCAUGAGCCAACGAGCUGCCCGCCCCACGCAACACCCCUCGCAGUGGAAGUGCAAAGCCGCCAGCAGCAGCAGCACUCCAUCACAUCAGGCAGCCACGGAAGGCAGUUUGACGCCCAUGAGCCAACGAGCUGCCCGCCCCACGCAACACCCCUCGCAGUGGCAGUGCAAGCUGCCAGCAGCAGCAGCACUCCAUCACAUCAGGCAGCCACGGAGGGCAGUUUGACGCCCAUGAGCCAACGAGCUGCCCGCCCCACGCAACACCCCUCGCAGUGGCAGUGCAAAGCCGCCAGCAGCAGCACUCCAUCACACCAGGCAACCAUGGAGAGCAGCUUGACGCCCAUGAGCCAACGAGCUGCCCGCCCCACGCAAAACCCCUCGCAGUGGCAUGGCAGUGCAAGCCGCCAGCAGCAGCAGCACUCCAUCACAUCAGGCAGCCACGGGGGGCAGUUUGACGCCCAUAAGCCAACGAGCUGCCCGCCCCACGCAACACCCCUCGCAGUGGCAGUGCAAAGCCUCGAGCAGCAGCAGCACUCCAUCACAUCAGGCAGCCACGGAGGGCAGUUUGACGCCCAUGAGCCAACGAGCUGCCCGCCCCAUGCAACACCCCUCGCAGUGGAAGUGCAAAGCCUCGAGCAGCAGCAGCACUCCAUCACAUCAGGCAGCCACGGAGGGCAGUUUGACGCCCAUGAGCCAACGAGCUGCCCGCCCCACGCAACACCCCUCGCAGUGGCAGUGCAAAGCCGCCAGCAGCAGCAGCACUCCAUCACAUCAGGCAGCCACGGAAGGCAGUUUGACGCCCAUGAGCCAACGAGCUGCCCGCCCCACGCAACACCCCUCGCAGUGGCAGUGCAAGCUGCCAGCAGCAGCAGCACUCCAUCACAUCAGGCAGCCACGGAGGGCAGUUUGACGCCCAUGAGCCAACGAGCUGCCCGCCCCACGCAACACCCCUCGCAGUGGCAGUGCAAAGCCGCCAGCAGCAGCACUCCAUCACACCAGGCAACCAUGGAGAGCAGCUUGACGCCCAUGAGCCAACGAGCUGCCCGCCCCACGCAAAACCCCUCGCAGUGGCAUGGCAGUGCAAGCCGCCAGCAGCAGCAGCACUCCAUCACAUCAGGCAGCCACGGAGGGCAGUUUGACGCCCAUGAGCCAACGAGCUGCCCGCCCCACGCAACACCCCUCGCAGUGGCAGUGCAAAGCCGCCAGCAGCAGCAGCACUCCAUCACAUCAGGCAGCCACGGAGGGCAGUUUGACGCCCAUGAGCCAACGAGCUGCCCGCCCCAUGCAACACCCCUCGCAGUGGAAGUGCAAAGCCUCCAGCAGCAGCAGCACUCCAUCACAUCAGGCAGCCACGGAGGGCAGUUUGACGCCCAUGAGCCAACGAGCUGCCCGCCCCACGCAACACCCCUCGCAGUGGCAGUGCAAAGCCGCCAGCAGCAGCAGCACUCCAUCACAUCAGGCAGCCACGGAGGGCAGUUUGACGCCCAUGAGCCAACGAGCUGCCCGCCCCAUGCAACACCCCUCGCAGUGGAAGUGCAAAGCCUCCAGCAGCAGCAGCACUCCAUCACAUCAGGCAGCCACGGAGGGCAGUUUGACGCCCAUGAGCCAACGGGCUGCCCGCCCCACGCAACACCCCUCGCAGUGGCAGUGCAAAGCCGCCAGCAGCAGCAGCAGCACUCCAUCACAUCAGGCAGCCACGGAGGGCAGUUUGACGCCCAUGAGCCAACGAGCUGCCCGCCCCACGCAACACCCCUCGCAGUGGAAGUGCAAAGCCGCCAGCAGCAGCAGCACUCCAUCACAUCAUGCAGCCACGGAAGGCAGUUUGACGCCCAUGAGCCAACGAGCUGCCCGCCCCACGCAACACCCCUCGCAGUGGCAGUGCAAAGCCUCCAGCAGCAGCAGCACUCCAUCACAUCAGGCAGCCACGGAGGGCAGUUUGACGCCCAUGAGCCAACGAGCUGCCCGCCCCACGCAACACCCCUCGCAGUGGCAGUGCAAAGCCGCCAGCAGCAGCAGCACUCCAUCACAUCAGGCAGCCACGGAGAGCAGCUUGACGCCCAUGAGCCAACGAGCUGCCCGCCCCACGCAACACCCCUCGCAGUGGAAGUGCAAAGCCGCCAGCAGCAGCAGCACUCCAUCACAUCAGGCAGCCACGGAAGGCAGUUUGACGCCCAUGAGCCAACGAGCUGCCCGCCCCACGCAACACCCCUCGCAGUGGCAGUGCAAGCCGCCAGCAGCAGCAGCAGUCCAUCACAUCAGGCAGCCACGGAGGGCAGUUUGACGCCCAUGAGCCAACGAGCUGCCCGCCCCACGCAACACCCCUCGCAGUGGCA